CAAUCAACAGCCUGAUCAACUCUAUUUGAAGGAAAUGUGUCGCGUUGCAUAAGGCAAAUGAUGGUCAAAUCAGUUACAACCAGACUGUUUUUCUGAUCCACGCCCCAGUCAUGUGAAAGCCAUAGAUUAGAAUUUAUUUAAAUUGACUGAUUUCUUUAUAUGAACUGUAACUAUGUAAAAUCUUUGAAAUUGUUGCAUGUUGUGUUUAUAUUUUUUGUUCAGUGUAUUUUCAACCAGAAACUAUCAGGAAAUAACACAGAUCAAAUUUUUUUCACGCUUUUACAGCUGUUGUACAAUAUGAUAUAAGACACAGGCAAAACAGAAUUUUGACUGCGCUGGGCCUUUACAUUUCAAUUGCGCUACAGCGCAGAUCUUCAGCGCUACAGAUUGAAUCAAGACCUUACAAGAAAUAAAAUAGUAAAAAGAUGCUAUUUAUUCAGGAUGUUCUGGGGAAAAACAGAUGGGAGAUUGACCAUUCUGAUAAAGUUCUAUGGAAAGUCUCUCAGAGACUAACUACCAGGAACAUGUCUGUGUGAGAAUAGAAUCUGUCCAGUUUCUUAUUUGUGAGAUGAAAUACAUCAUACGGUGUAAUUAAUGUUCAAGUGAUGUGAAGUCAUACAUUUUACUUUGAAAGUUGCUGUGGUGCUAGUACACUAUAUCUGGUACACUAUAUUCAAACUGGUGGUAUUAGGAGAGUAUGGCCAGUUUGAGAGAAAACAGGAAGACAGGAGGGGUAAAAGAGUAGAUGAAAAUGAUGAAAAUGAGAACAGAUUGAAUGGAGUUGUCCACUGUGGAUUUAGAGUUGUAUCAAUAGAUUAAAGAAGAGGGGAGCUUAAGGCUUGGUUGAGCACACUGACUUACUGACCAAGCGGUAUCAUGAAGAGUGACAGCCACACACUCCACAUAGGUUACUGUGAGGGUCAACACCCUGAAUCACUGACAUGCUAUCUGAUGGAGAGGAAGAGAAGAGAGAGAGGAAGAUGGGUAGAGGAAUAGGAGUCCAUUAAAUACUACCACAAUCCACACUCGCUACAUGAAGAACUGAAGAUAAAGAGGAAAUAAGACAGGUUGAAGAAGGUUCCCUCUCUCUCCCUUCAUCAUGACGUUUCUGUCCAGGGUGCGGUCCCCCAAGCUCACCUUCUUCCAGACCCUGGUGUCUCUGGUCCUGGGGGCCAUGGCCCUCUUGUCGUCCUACUGGUGUGAGGGCAGUCAGAAGGUCCCCAAGCCCCUCUGCUCGGCCAAUAAACUGACCAAAUGCAUACCUGUGCCCGGGGUCUCGCAUAACUUCACCUCCAUCCAGUUCUCCUGGGAGACGGGGGACGACCGCUUCGUCUUCCCUGCCUUCCAUGCAGGCAUGUGGAUGAGCUGUGAGGAGAACAUCUACACUGACGCCUGGGGAAUGUUGUGGUUGUCGGUGUCAAUGGAGCUCAUGUAUGUUGGGCUGCUGUGUAUCAGCUGUGUGCUGCUGUCUCUUCAGUUGUGUCUGGAUGCCUUUUGGCCCUCACAGAUCUGGGGACAGCUCCUCAAUGCCUACUCUGCAGUCUUCACUAUAUUAGGAGGGUUACUGGGAAUGGUGGCUCACAUGAUGUUCAUGCAGGUGUUUCAGACUACUGCCUCUAUGGGUCCAGAGGACUUCAAACCACACAGCUAUGGCUACUCCUGGGGCUUUUAUGUGGCAUGGCUGGCCUUUACCUGCUGCAUGUUGUCAGGAGUCUCCACCCUCAACAACUACACCAAGAAGACUGUAAUGGAGCGGAGGCGCAAAGCCCGCCUGUACCCCCCUCGAUUCCCUGACAUAGAGCCCCUGCUACCCCCGGCCCCCUACUACUGCCCUCCGCCCCCACACCCCUGCAUGUCCCCACCAUCCCCAGAACUCUCACCCCUGUCACCCUACUAUGACUCCCCUUCGCCACCCCCAACCUCAUCACCCCAUCCACUCACCCACUCCCUCUCCCUCCCCCACUGCUACACACUCCCCCACCCUGAAUACUUCCCACCUCCCCCGUCCCACCCUGCUCCCCUGUCCCCCUAUCACCGCCACUCCCUCCCCUCUCCCUCCAUCUCUCUGCCCCUCUCCGUCCACAGUUACACACCCCAGUACUACUCAGAGGACAGGGGCAGAGAGAUGGAGGAAGAGGGGAGGGAGUACUCAGAUGAGGAAUACAGCCCACUUUGA